UGCUCUAAGAUUGAAGAAAUGGGCUCCCCAGAGGAGCUGUUCAUAUCCUGCCGCUUUCUUGGCCCUGUAUGCCGUCUUGCUAGCCUGCUGCUUGCUUGUUGCCAACAGCCACACUUACAUUCGUUAAACCUAUCCGCUUUAAGUGAUUCAGGUGGUGAUCGGCAUUUCGUUUCAGCCCGGGAUAGGUGGAGGGAUCUCUAUGAUCGCUCUCUUGAUUGUCUGCUCAAUUUGAGUUCACUUUACUGUUUCGCUGAGGACAAGACGAUUCCUUCCGAUAGAUAUUAUGUUUUUCUAUUUAAUCGUUUGAUAUAUUUGACUCCGGUUCUUUUAAUCACAAAUUUUACUAUCCUUGCUGAGGACAGCGUUGCUGAAAAACACUUGACUCUGGUUCCAUUUGACUGGUGGAUUGAUGAUAUUUUAACUCUUGAGUAUCUACACAUUCCUGCUUCUAAUGAAUUCGUUUCAAGCAAACUUCUCCGUCACUUGGUCAAGUACGUUCAGUUUUCUUUGUCUUUCUUCCGUUUUGCUUCUAUAGGCUUUGCAUUAUUCUUGCAUAUCUAA